GACGGGCUUUUGGACAAACCCACCCUCCCCCUCAUUCCAACGAACGAGUCUUUUGUCGCCGGUCUGUCAAUGGGGCCAGCGAAGCGGGGAAGCGCCAAUCCCAGGUUAUGAUUCCAGAAAGCCAUGGCGUGAUCCUCCCCGAAAACUAUUUGAGCCCACGCCGUCUGUCUGCCGCUACAGUGUCGGGUAUUGAGAAGUGGCUUUUACACGCACGCAUCAACACCAGCAGUAACAACGACAAGAUAAAUCACAGCCCUACACUAGUCGAAGCCAGACCAACACACACACACCCACACACACACCGACACACCCAUCAUGAGCAGACACGUCCUCAUCCUCGGCGGCCACGGCAAGGUCUCGCAGCUCCUCACCCCGCUGCUCCUCAACAAGUCGUGGACCGUCACGAGCGUCAUCCGCGCCCACGAGCAGGUCCCCGCCAUCGAGAAGCUCGGCGCCGGCCGCGCCGGCAAGCUCAACGUGCUCGUGCGCAGCAUCGAGGAUGUCACCGACCAGUCCAAGGCCCAGGCUAUCCUGGAUGAGGUGAAGCCCGACACCAUCGUAUGGAGCGCCGGUGCCGGUGGAAAGGGAAAUCCCGAAAGAACCUUCGCCAUUGACCGCGACGCGGCCAUCCACUUCGUCAAGGCCGCCGUCGCCACCCCCUCGAUCAAGAAGUUCAUCCUCAUCUCCUACCUCGCCUCCCGCAAGACCAAGCCGGUCUGGUGGUCCGACCAGGCCUGGGCCGACGCCCAGGCGGUCAACCAGAAGCUGGCCAACUACUUCAAGGCCAAGGUCGCCGCCGACGAGGUCCUCUGGCGCGAGUCCAAGACGCGCCCCGACUUUGCCGGCGUCAGCCUGCGGCCCGGCACCCUGACCGACGCGCCCGCCGGCCGGGUCGAGCUCGGCAGGACCAAGGAGUCCAAGGGCUCCUCGAGCAGGGAAUCCGUCGCCGAGGUCGCCGCCCUCAUCGCAGAGAACGACGGCUUCGCGACGUCGUGGGUCGACCACUUGGACGGCGACGAGGAUCCCAAGGCGGCUGUGGACAGUGUCGUCAAGGAGAAGGUGGACGUCGCAGAGGGCGAGGAAUUCUACGAGGCUUGAACGUCAUAAUCGGGGUUUUUAUUCUUAGCAUGUCAUUUAUAAUACUACACU